GCUUCUUCCCCAGGGCACAGCGGCAAGGUGAGGGGAAGAGGAGACCCGGGAGCCUGCAGCACCACCAGCCACUGAGCAUCCUUGCCAUGCGGUGGAAGAAGGAGGCUGAAGCCGGGAUUCUUGUCAGAAGUGCUGCUGGGAGAUCCUGUGGUGAAGAAGCCAUGGAUAGGCCAGUCCUCCAUGAGUGAGUCCAAGCCAUGCAAGCUGGUGGCCCUCACCACGUCCCGUGGCUGGCUGGGAAGCCCCUCAGUUGUGUGCGGUGUGGAGAAGUGCCUCUUCCGGAACCAGAAUGGCCCACCUGCUUCUGGCGUUCUCUGCCUUGGCCCAGGUGCUUUCCGCAGGGGCCUUCCGUUUCUCCAGAGAAAGCACAGACGACUUCAAGGCCCUUCGGGUCUCCAUCCCCAAACACCCUCCAGUCCGGGCCGUGCUGGCCGGCAGCCUCACCCUCCCCUGCCACAUGACCUACCUGCGCCCCCUGCCCACGGCUGGGGCGGUGGGGCGGCGGGCCGUCCAGGGGGCGCCCCGGGUGAAGUGGACCUUCCUGGCGGAGGGCGGCCGGGAAGCGGAGAUCCUGGUGGCCCGGGGCCUGAAGGUGAAGGUGAGCGAGGGCUACCGCGACCGGGUCUCCCUCCCCUUCUACCCGGAGUCGCCGACGGACGCCACCUUGCUGCUGAACCACCUGCGCUCCAACGACUCCGGGGUCUACCGCUGCGACGUCCAGCACGGGAUCGAGGACGGGCAUGACCUGCUGGAGGUCAAGGUGAAAGGAGUCGUCUUCCUUUACCGGGAAGGCUCCGCCCGGUAUGCUUACACCUUUGCCAAGGCCCAGGAAGCCUGCGCCAGGAUCGAGGCCGAGAUCGCCACCCCCGAGCAGCUGUACGCCGCCUACCUCAGCGGGUACGAGCAGUGCGACGCGGGCUGGAUCGCUGACCAAACCGUCAGGUACCCCAUCCAGACCCCCCGCGAAGCCUGCUACGGAGACAUGGACGGGUACCCGGGAGUCCGCAACUAUGGCGUGGUGGACCCGGGGGACACCUACGACGUCUAUUGCUAUGCUGAAGAACUGUAUGGAGAGCUGUUCGUGGUGAGCUCCCCGGAGAAGUUCACCUGGGAGGAGGCCCAGGCGGAGUGCCAGGCGCUGGGCGGGGAGAUGGCCACCACGGGCCAGCUGUAUGCCGCCUGGAGCGAGGGGCUGGACCACUGCAACCCCGGCUGGCUGGCCGACGGCAGCGUGCGCUACCCCAUCGUGACCCCGCGGGAGAAGUGCGGAGGGAGCCUGCCGGGCGUCAAGACCCUCUUCCUCUUCCGCAACCAGACGGGCUUCCCGGAGCCCCAGAGCAAGUACGACGCCUACUGCUUCCGAGAAGAGACCAGCCCUUUCUCUGAGUCUCCCGUCCCCGAGGCAGAGGGCAGCGAGGAGAUUGUGACUGUGACAGAAAAGAUGGAAGAGCUGUGGUUGCCCCACGCGGCGCGGGAGGUGCCGAAGGAAUCCCGAGGGGCCAUUUACUCCGUGCCCGUCUCCCAGGACCUCCUGGAGGCGCAGCCGCACAAGCCCAGUGAGGCCCCCGAAGAGGCAGCCCCGGGCCCCCGGGCCCCCCAGGGGCCGGAGGCAGGCCCAGUUAGCUGUCCCAGCAGACCAGGCCAGAGUGGCGAGGAGGAGGAAAGGGGGACAGACAGAGACAGGAUUUGCACAGAGAGACGCGGGCCUGGUGCCGAGGCGGAGGGAGAGGAGCUGGUGGGUCCCAGCCAGGAGGGAGAGGCGGCCACUGGGCCUUCGGCGGGAGCUGCAGGGGAGGCGGAGCUGGCAGCGGGAGACGUGGGGCCCAGCGCGACUCCUCAGGCGCAGCCUGAAGCCUCCCCAGAUCCCCGUGGGGCUGAGGAGAACAGGCCCCCCCACGGCUUCCACAGCCCCCCAGCGGAGCCUGCCGCGGCCCCGUCCAAGGAGCCGGGCGGGGAAGAGGGCGCCGCAGAAGCCGGCUCUUCGGGUCGCCUCCGGGCCCACGAAGCCAGUGGCGGGGCAGCGGACCCCGAGGAGGCCUCCCGAGAGCCAGCCUCGUCCGCCCCCGAGGCGGAGGCGGAGGCGGAGGGGGUCCCCCUCGAGCAGGUGUCCCUCAACGUCAGCUACAGCGAGCCCAAAGGAGCCGGCGUCCCUCCCUGGCCCGAGGACUCGGGCUUACCCAAGGCCUCCUUGACGACCUGGCAGGCCGAGCAGCCCCGGACGCAGCCGACCCCCCGGAGCGGACUCCUUCCUGGGCCCACAAGCAGCCCUGGCCCCAGGCACCCGGGGGACCCACACGAUGCCGAGUUCUCGGGGGCUGUGCCUCCAGGGACAGCCGGCCCCGUGCAGGGGACGGCAGCGACGAGGGACGCCUCGCUCCCCCAGGCCCCCGGCACAGCCGCCCCCAGUCUGUCUGAAGAGAGCGAGGAGCACUCUGGGUCUGCUUGGCUCUCGCCAGCCCUGGCCACCAGCCGGACCACUUCCACCCCCAAGGAGGAAGAGGAGGAGGAGGAGGCGGCCAGCCUCAGCUUUGACACGAGGCACCCACUGGGUGGCCCUCUUCCUGGGCAGGAACGGGAGGCCGCUGAGGCACGUGACGUGAGCCCCAAGGUGGAGCCGCCCGUGGAAGAAUCCGAGGAGGAGGAGGAAGAGGAGGAAGAGGAGGAGGAGGCCACGGAGAGGAGCCCGGUGGGGCCGGCAGGCACGUUGCCCACUGAAAGCGGAGAAGAGGGCGAUGGCCAGGCGGGAGUCGCCACGUCACCCACCGGAGGCGUCUCUGAAGUCAUCUCGGGGGGCUCGGCGUUUAUGGGCACCCCCUUCACGGAGCCCCCCUUCAGCACUGCCCGCCCCCUGCCCGCCCUGCCCACGGAGAGCGCCAGUCUCGGGGCAGGGGGCAACAUUUCAGGUGACUGCAUCCCAAACCCCUGCAGGAACGGAGGCACCUGCACGGAAGAGGGAGACCCCACUGGCUGCCUCUGCCUCCCGGGCUAUGCGGGAGACGCCUGUGAGAUCGACCUGGCCACCUGCCCGCCCGGCUGGGACGGCUUCCAGGGCUUCUGCUACCAGCACUUUUCUGCCCGGCGCAGCUGGGAAGAGGCCGAGACCCAGUGCAGGGAGCACGGCGGGCACCUGGCCAACAUCAUGACCCCGGAAGAGCAGAGCUUCGUCAACAAUCGGUACAAGGAGUAUCAGUGGAUCGGCCUGAACGACCGGACCAUUGAAGGAGAUUUCCAGUGGUCUGACGGGAGCCCUCUGCUGUACGAGAACUGGCACCCAGGGCAGCCGGACAGCUACUUCCUCUCCGGAGAGAACUGCGUGGUGAUCGUGUGGCAUGACGAAGGGCAGUGGAGCGACGUGCCCUGCAACUACCACCUCUCCUACACCUGCAAGAUGGGGCUGGUGUACUGUGGCUCACCCCCCGAGGUGGAGGGCGCCCAGAUCUUCGGCAGACCCAAGCAGCGCUACGAGAUCGACGCGGCCGUCCGGUACUGGUGCCCCGAAGGCUUCACCCAGCGCCACUCGCCCGUCCUCAGGUGCCAGGAAGACGGCCAGUGGGAGGAACCCCAAUUCAGCUGCGCCCCCAGGAUAGGCCCCCCGCAGGACUGAAGGGCUGCCCGCCACCCAUAGCCUCGCCGGGAACGGAUCUGUACAAAUCGGCACGAGGGAGCUGCAGGAAACGACCGCGGUGCCUUGCGACCUCCCCCCCCCCCCCGGUUCUUCUUUUUAAUGAUGUGUGUGUGUAUAUAUAUAUGUAUAAAGAAAUUCUAAUAACAAAAUGUUUCCUUUUCACACACACAGCGGCCAGAUGAAAUAUAACUUUGUCCUUUGUGCCAGGA